GAUCCUGACGGAGAACUGAACAGAACAAACGCAGUCAUGGCACCUACAACCAGUGGACCAAUGAUCUACACUGCAGGACAAACUUCACUGACACAUAAGCUGAGAAAGCCAAUAGUAGAGAAAAUUCGGCGAGAACGUAUCAACAGCAGCAUUGAGAAGCUCAAGUCUCUUCUGAGCCAAGAGUUCCUGAAACAACAGCCCGACUCCAGACAGGAGAAAGCUGAUAUCCUGGAGAUGACGCUUGAGUUCUUCAGACGACAGCAGCAGUCCCUGAAUCCCUCCACCUGCUCUCCUGCAGUUAAUGAUGGUUACUUCAGAUGUGUACAGGAGUCCAUCAACUUCCUGACUCAGUGUCAAGUGCAGACCGAGUCUCACAGAAGACUCCUGAAGAUCUUCCUCAACAUGAAGCCUUCAACAGAGAAGACGACGACACGUGUCCUGUCCCAGCUCAAUUCAGCGGUCUGUCAGAGCAGCAGCACAGAGAAAACUUCAACCUGCUGUCAACUCUGGAGACCCUGGUAGAGUCACAUGAAGGACACUUUAUCAUUUAUGAAACCGAAUUCAAGAUGCCAGUCUGAGAUUGGCAUGGACUGUAAUUCAAAUGUAGGAAUUGAUUUCCAGCUCUGCUGCAUUGGCAGAUUGUUUAAAUACUUUCAGAGAAAGUUUGUGUUUUAGUUAAACAUAACUAAAUAUGUAUGGCAUUAUUGUUUUGUCAGAUUAUUACAUUCGUGAAAUGUAAGAUUUAAUGUAAAGACAUUUGAGCUUUUACAAGCUUUUUACCCAUAUUGGGUUUAUUUGUUCUGCAUCUAGAAUGUUUAUACUGCUUUCAUUUACUGAAAGGAUUUAAUUUAAUUUCAAUUAUUUGAAAUAUGUCCCAUGUUCUCAUUUUGUAUGAGAAAUGUUUCUUCUUUUGAAAGAUAUUUUAUUGUGUGUUGAAAGCACAAGUUUAUUUUGUUUGCAUGUGUUUACAUGAUGGACAUUUCCCCUGUAAAGGGUGGAUGUAUAAACUCACUUGUAGUGAUUUACAUUUCUACGGCCUUCUGUGAAGGCCUUCUGUG